CACAGAAAAUAUUUAGAAAGCCUAUGCUUUAUUUUUCUGAAGAAAAUUAAACUGUAAGAAAAUCAUAAUCCCCGUUUCAUAAUCAUUCCAUUUUCAUAUUAUCCACUCAUCACUACACUUGGUACUGAAUAUAUAGGAUUUGCCACACAGAAGCAAAAUUCCUAAGCCUCUCCCUACCUUAGGCUUUUAGUCAAAAUGAAUGCAAACAAUCACGUGGGAUUCAGCCAAGCAGUGACGUUAAAUUCUGCUCUGUCAGAGAGAGCAUCUGUCAAGCCCACAUUUAAACUGCUGCCUGCCUGUGCAGCAGCUGAGGAAGCGUGGAUUUCAUAUUACAGCCUAAAAUCCCAGUGAAACUGCUCAAAAAUCCUUUCUGCAGCUGCCAGGCAACAACCAGAGGAGAGGAAAAUCCCGUUCUUUCCCACACACACCCGGAGCACCAGAUUCGGGCUCUGCUGCUUCACAGUGCAGCUCAGUGUUAUUACUAGAAAUAUGGAUACUGAGAAGAGAACACAGCACUGCAUUGUCCAGCCAGGAAAACAGCAGAUGUAAAAAGCUUCAAUGCAUCAACUGUCGGAAAGAGUCAACAGUGCUCCAAAUACAACGGACAACUCUGGCUCUUUUGUUUAACAAAGGAGAGAGAAAAUGAAAGAAAGGGAAAAUCUCACAAGACGAGGACCCAUAUGAACCAGGAGGCUAACUGGAAGACACACAGACAGAUGGACACUGGACCUUGGAAAGCAAUCGCGGGAGGCAGACUGUGGGGGAUGUGCGCAUGUUCUAUAGCAUCUUUCUGCUGAAGUGAUGGCGUGCCAAAAGUAUGUUCAGUGGCAUAAUCCUCUCCACACAAAUGGCCUGACCAAGGAAGGUGCAUCUUCUCACUGACUUUCUCAGCACAGUGGGGGCCAAAGGAAACAUGACAAGCAGUGUACUGUGUCUGCUAUCAUCAACCUUGCACCGUCUGGCCCACGACUGAUACAUGACCAUUUUACAAAAAAGGCCAGUGACAGAACACCAUACCUACCAUCAAUGGUAUGUCAAAUCAAUUUUAAUUAAUGCCAAUAAAUUUUCCAUCUGCUCUCAAGGCCUUCUUACACAGCCUCUGUCAGGAAGCUAGUAACAUUUUUCUUUUCUGUACACAUGCAACUUUUAAAGCUUUAAAAACCUAGAGUAAAGGUACAAAUGACCAGAGCUACUGAAACAAUGACAUGAACAGAAAUAAAAUCUAUCAUCUUCCUCUACCCGCUCAUCAUGCCACACACAUACAAAAAGAAAUGAAUUCUGUUCCCAGUGAUGCCAUUGUAUUACCAAAAGGAAGCAAAUUUCAGGCUCUGCUUCUGAGCUAGCCUAUGUUCACAGCUUAAAAACUUCCUUCCUAUUUGCCUUAAUUUUACUAGUAUCCAGAGCCCCUUUCAGACCAUUUUGAGACAUAUUGCAUUUUUAAAACCUUUAUUCUUUGUCUUUACAGAAUGACUGUAGGGGACACGUGACCGACCUGAAAACAGAUGACAAAGAGCAGCACUGACUCUGGAGAAAAAGCGGUAUUUGGGGCCACCAAUAUCUCACACACCAUUACUGGAUAGUUACAACAUGCUUCAGUGGAGAAGACGGCACUGCUGCUUUGCAAAGAUGACCUGGAAUGCUAAGAGGUCUCUGUUCCGAACUCAUCUUAUUGGGGUACUUUCUCUAGUGUUUCUUUUUGCUAUGUUUUUGUUUUUCAGUCAUCAUGACUGGCUGCCAGGUAGAACUGGAUUCAAAGAAAAUCCUGUGACAUACAGUUUCCGAGGAUUUCGUUCUACAAAGAGUGAGACCAACCACUCUCUUCGAAACAUUUGGAAAGAAACAGUCCCUCAGACUCUGAGACCCCAAACUCUAACUAACUCCAACGACACAGACCAGUCACCACAAGGAGUUACAGGACUGGAGAAUACACUCAGUGCCAAUGGGAGUAUUUACACUGAAAAGGGUACUCGGUAUCCAAAUGCUUAUCACUUCAAAUAUAUCAUCAAUGAGCCAGAAAAAUGCCAGAACAAAAGUCCUUUUCUAAUACUACUAAUAGCUGCAGAACCUGGACAAAUAGAAGCUAGAAGAGCAAUUCGGCACACUUGGGGCAAUGAAAGUCUAGCACCUGGCAUCCAAAUAACACGGAUUUUUUUGUUAGGCCUAAGUAUUAAGCUAAACGACUACCUUCAACAUGCAAUAUUGGAAGAAAGCAGACAAUAUCAUGAUAUAAUUCAACAAGAAUACUUAGACACAUACUACAACUUGACUAUUAAAACAUUAAUGGGCAUGAACUGGGUUGCAACAUACUGUCCACAUAUUCCUUAUGUCAUGAAAACUGACAGUGACAUGUUUGUCAACACUGAAUAUUUGAUACAUAAGUUACUGAAGCCAGAUCUGCCUCCCCGGCACAAUUAUUUCACUGGGUACCUAAUGAGAGGCUAUGCGCCCAACCGAAACAAAGACAGCAAGUGGUACAUGCCACCAGACCUCUACCCAAGCGAGCGCUACCCUGUCUUCUGUUCUGGAACUGGCUAUGUUUUUUCUGGAGAUCUAGCAGAAAAGAUAUUUAAAGUUUCUUUAGGUAUCCGUCGUUUGCACCUGGAAGACGUGUAUGUAGGGAUCUGUCUCGCCAAGUUAAGAAUUGAUCCUGUGCCCCCUCCCAAUGAGUUUGUGUUCAAUCACUGGCGAGUUUCUUAUUCCAGCUGUAAAUACAGCCACCUAAUUACCUCUCAUCAGUUCCAGCCUAGUGAACUGAUAAAAUACUGGAACCAUUUACAACAAAAUAAGCACAAUGCCUGUGCCAACGCAGCAAAGGAAAAAGCAGGCAGGUAUCGCCACCGUAAAUUACACUGAAAAAGAAGAUUGUUCAAGUGUACAAUCUGUAAAUAUUGCUAAAAAGCAUGUAUAGUUAAAAUCGAUGACAUCUAUAGGUCAAGUUUUAGUUAAAAAUGCACCACAUAAAAGAAUUCCAUUUUUUAAUUUCUGAAGGUAAUUCUUAAUACUGCAAUGUUAUAUGAUUUUUUUACAGCUUCCCCAAAAGAAUCUAUUUUUAAAAAAUGUAUAAUGGGCUUCUGUGUAUUAACAUGCAAUAAGAAGCAUGCAUACAUCAGUGGGUCAAGUCUUAUGCUGGUUGGGGCCAAUAAGAUGUAUUGCAUACAUUUUCAACAUAAGUUUUCAUCUAAAAAAUGGACGCAGUCAAAAAACUUCAUUUUAGAUUUAACUUCUCAUUUGAAUAUAAAAAUUAAAUGUAAAUAAAACACCAUUAUCAAUUUUAAGAAACUUUGUAAUUGUGUAAAGGACAAAUUUUCAGACCUAUAAUAGAGUUCUAAAGACAUAUUCAUGCACUAAGAUUUAGUUCAGUUAUUGUCCAUAAACUCAUUCAUAAAGUUCAGAUGUUUUAUCAAUGCAGUUCUCGCUUAAGGAUUUACUUUAAAAAAAAUAACUGAUACUCAAUUUUAUUUUUUUUGUUAUUGCUCAUAUAUAUUGGGAACGUUAUUUUGACAUGACAUGAAAAAAAUGUGAAAAAAUAUGUCUCGGGCUCAAAUUUUUACUUUCAAAAGUUCUUAAAUGCUUCAAAACAGAUAAAUUUUCUUUCCUCACUGGUAUUAAAGGUCCCGCUAGUAUUUCAAUGAGUUGAUUAGAUCAAAUACUGCACUCUUCAAGAGUAACACUUUAUUUAACUUUAACUCUGAUAUCAAGUAUGUCUAUAAAAACCAAUCAUGUUCCUCACACAGGCGAAAGUAAUCACUUAAAAGGCAACAAGAAGAUGUACUGUUGGAGAAAGAAUACAAUAGCAGUUUCAUUCCAUUCAUUUUUAUACACAUGUCUGACAAACUGCAACAUACAGGAAGUUUCUUUACUGGCAACAGGUGUGGACAUGCCUUAUUUAUUUUAUGGCCCCUAUUUCUUUCUCUGGGUGCCAAGUUUACAAGGCUACAGUUUUUAAUUUGGUAGAUGACAAAUAUUCUACAUCACCAAUUAAAAACUUCUGGGGAAGAAUAGGGAGAAAAGCUAAAAAUGUUUGAUGAACACUUGAUUCUUGGAAGAGCAAUGUAUACAAUGCACUUUUAUCAAGUUUUUAAUAAAAAAGUGAAACAAAUGAGCCUUCACUGAGUGUCAUGAUACAAAUACUUUCAAAAUUUUGUUUGGCUGCAUUAUGAAUUUUAAAAUCAAGACAAACUAAUCCACUAACUUUAAAGUAGUAUUUUUAUCCCCCAUAAGGACAUAAAUUUCUUAAACUUAAGUCAGGAUGUUUCUUCAAUUCUAGUAACAAUCAUUUUUAUUCCUGAUUGUAUUAUGAAAGGAUAAAGAACCAGAGUAGCUUAACAUCAUGAAAAAUGUUUAAGUAUUUCCUAGUUAAUGUGUUGAAUCUUAAUUCUAUUUAUCUCUUAUUUUCUAACCGGUAGCCUAAGUGUUUUAUUCUGCAUCAAGUAAUUCCAAGUAACAAGCUGUGAAACACUCCCAGCUACUGAUUCAAGCCUAGUUUUCAUUUAAUUUAUUUUAUAUAUUGCAGAAUGACCAACACCACUAAGCAAAAGUCAUACAAGGAUAACCCAAUCAGAUGUGUGUAUAC